UUAGUGAAACUAACUCUUUAUAUUUGAUAAAAAAAAAUCAAAAAUAGCACUACUAAUUUCAAAACAAAUAGUAAUGAUAGCACAUAUUCAAAUACUACUUUGUCUCUUAACUAUGCUAAUGGUCUCUUUUUCUUUUCCUCCUAAUUACUGGCGUAUUCUAAUUGUUAAAAGAAAUUGAAUUGACAUGUUUUUUUAAUUUUUUUAAUGAAAUGUAUUACUUAAAAAUAAAUGUUAAACCAACAAAUUACUUAUAAAGUCAAGCCACCGAAUAAAAUAAAAUUAUAAAAAUAAAAAUAAAAAAUAAAAAAUUUGGAUUAUUAAUCAAUGCUUGUGAUACACAAAUAAUGGUUCAUUCAUUUAUUAAGAGAAAAAUUCCCAAUUUAUAUGCACAAAAACUACUAAAAAUAAUUUGGAAAAAAGAAAAAGUUCUUCAGUGAUCCUUCACGUCAAAACCUCUGGCCUGUCCGCUAACACACUACACUGCCACCACUCUCUCUGCAAAGCACAGAAAAAUUUUAAUCAUUAUAUCAUAACCCUUCUCUCUACUCUCCAUCAAUCAUCAUCAUCAUCACUUCUCUUUCAAUUCCACUACUCUUUAAUCUCUUUCUAUCUCUCUUUCCAUAAGAAAACCUUUCUUUAUGUUCAUGGCACAAAACUUUGAACCCUUUCAUGUCCCACAACAAAACAGAAGAAAUAAGCUUAGAACCAGCCAAGAACAAGAACAAGAACAAGAACAACAAAUAACCAUCAUGAACCCUUCUCCAGUUCCUUUCUCUUCUAUUCAAACUAGCCAGCAGCAGGGUCUCUCUUUGUCUUUAUCAUUCGAACUGAAUAGCCAAAAAUAUAAUGCUGCUUCUGUUCUUGGAGAUUUCUUGAAGCAGAAUGGUGGGAGUGGAAUUAGAAGUUCUGUCCCUCUUGGUCCAUUUACUGGCUAUGCAUCAAUCUUAAAAAGUUCAAAAUUCUUGAAACCUGCACAGCAGGUCUUGGAUGAUCUUUUUGGUACUGUAAAUUGUGAAGUUUUGGAUUUUUCUUUGGAUUGUUUGAGUGAAAGUGAAGUUAUGAGAGAAAAUGUAGGUUUUAGUGAUCGAUUAGAGCAUCAAUGGAAGAAUUCAAAGCUUAUGUUGAUGCUUGAUGAGGUGUACAGGAGAUACAAGCUAUAUUGCCAGCAAAUGCAAUCAGUUGUUGAAUCAUUUCAAACUGUUGCUGGCCUUGGAAAUGCAGCUCCCUACUUCUGUUAUGCUAUUAAACUUGUUUCAAAGCAUUUCACUUGCUUGAAGAAUGCCCUUUUGGAUCAAAUUCACUUCACAGGCAAAACUUCUGAUGAUGGUAACGAAAAAGUUCCAAGGUUUUGGGCAGCUGAUGAACAAGGCAGCGUGCAACACCAAAAUCCAGCUCUCAAUUUCAGUUUUCUUCAGCAUCCCGUUUGGCGAUCUCAAAGAGGACUACCCGAUCAUGCAGUCGCUCUGCUCAAGACUUGGUUAUUCGAACACUUUCUGCAUCCCUAUCCUACUGAUUCAGAUAAGCAAAUUCUAGCUCAACAGACAGGUCUAUCAAGGACUCAGGUUUCUAACUGGUUUAUAAAUGCAAGAGUUAGACUGUGGAAACCAAUGGUGGAAGAAGUCUACAAGCUUGCAUCACAGCAAGCUCAAGUACCGUUAGAAGCAGUUAAUCACAAUGCCAACCUGCCAUCUGAUUUAUCUAUGGAGAAACUGCCACAGACCAGCAAUCAGCAGAAGGCAGAAAAUUUUCAUUUGAAGCGCUCGAGAAAUGAACUUGCUGAUAUACCUGUGCAGAGACAAGACCACAAGAGUGUGUCUUUUGACAAUUUGACCAGGCAUUACCAAACUGGUAUUAGUGGAAGCAAUGGUGUUUCUUUGGCAUUAGGGCUUCAUCAGAAUAAUGGCACUGAUUCAUCAAGGCCCCUGCCCAUCACCAUAGCUCAGCAUGUGAAUCUAGAAAUGAUUAGCAUGAUGGGUUCAGGAUCAGCCGCAACUUUUCAAGUGCAAAACCAGCAUUUUGGCAAGGAUUGAAGAGGGCAAAUUCCAGAAAAAUUGAGGCCUUGGUUUGUUGUUUGAUUUUCCACUGAAGAUGGGUUUUUCUUUUUAUUUUAUUUUAUUUAUGAGUUGAUCAAUUAGUAGAGAAAGUGAAAUGUAGGAAAUGGCAGUGAGCGAUGGCCACAGUACACAAAAAGACUGACCACUGAUGCUGCAUGAAUCGUGACAACUUUGCAUAUAAUAUAGUUGGCCUUAGAUCU